UUUGCUAAAUGACUGCAGCAAGAAAACUCAGUGUCGGAGCAUCACCGAGGCUCGCUGCUCCGUCUACGGCGAACCUCCGCGCGUGAGAGUGCGUGCGUGCGUGCGAGCGUGCGUGCGUGCGUGCGUGCGACGGUUUAAGGGUCCAGUGUCACUGCCGCGCUCCUGCCAUGGAAGACGGUCCACGUCGGUCCGACACGCAGCUCGCUACGUUUUUAUAACACUGUCACUCGUCCCCCGGAGGAGAGGGUCCGCACACGAUCCUUCUUUUCCUUCCUUUCUAUUUUCUGUUGUUCCCUUUUCCAACGGAAGCGGUGCCCGGAUGGGAGCGGGUGCGCAGCGCAGCAGCGGCCGCCGGUGCGUCUCCAACUUGAGCACCAGCAGACAAUGGGAGUAGCUGAGCCGUGCUGCCUCAGCGCCAAGUACCACCACUACUUCUACUACUACUACUACUACUACUACUCGCCCCAGGGAGACACUUGCGAGGAGGAGAGCGAGCAGCAGCGGGAAGGGGUAAAGAAGGAGGAGAGGGAGAAGAGGAAAAGGAGGCACACCUGCCUCUCCGAGCGGCGGGACUCGCGCAACGGCGGCCGAUACGCGCGGAUCCAGAGCCACGCUCCGGCAGCCUGUGGGAUGCGCGCGAGAGACACACCUGCAGAUCUGAGAAAAAGCUCCCCGCUGUGUGGAAUAUAACGCGUGCACAGCUUGGCUGGCCGAGACAGCAGCAGCAGCAGCCCGUGAUUCUUUUUCUCUUUCGGCCGCUCUUCUCUCCGCCUGCUGAAGGAAUAUGUCUUAUUUCCUCUGUAACCGCUGUGGGUCGCACAGACUGGACUUAAGAGUAAUUGGUUUUAAUUGCGUCUCAAUUAGCAGCAGCCUGUGAGCGGCUGCCUCUGUCCGUGGUCCUGAACACAAUCUCUGGGGUUGGAUUUCGAAGAUUUUUCUCUUUUCUUUUUUUUUCUCCCGCCGGCUUCACGUUGGCGGCGGCUGGAGGCGCGAAGAAGCGGACACGAGCAUGAUUUCAUGGCCGGUGAGGUCAUGAGCAUCCCGCGGCUCAGCACCGGCGACUCUGGGAUUUGAAACACACACACACACACACACUCACAUACACAAACAUUUCCCGGCUCACCUUGGAGGUCAUAAACCACAACCACAACCCCCCCUCCCCUCUCCUCCUCUUCCUUCUCCUUUUCCAACACUAAAGGAUUUUUUUGGGGGGGUUUUUUGGAGAGGGAUUCAUCCUCUCAAGCGUGACCCCCCUCCCCUCUUUUUCAGCAACACCUGCACCCCCCCUCCCCCCAUAACCCCCACGUCCCCUCCAAACAAAAUGAGACUGGCAAAAAUGUGCCGACUAAACGCGCUGUGGAUCUAUUUGUGGGAAACGGUUGUGUUUUUCAGCCUGGCAGCGUCGAAAGAAGCUGCGGCGAGGAAGGCCGCCACCCCGAUGCCGCCGUCCGAGUUCCUGGACAAACUCAUGGGCAAAGUCUCGGGCUACGACGCCAGAAUCCGACCGAAUUUCAAAGUGCUCCACAAAGACCCCAAAGGCUCCAAAAGUGAAGCUACUCACAAGAAAGGUCCGCCGGUGAACGUAACCUGCAACAUUUUUAUCAACAGUUUUGGGUCCAUCGCUGAAACGACAAUGGACUACCGGGUGAACAUCUUCCUGAGGCAGCAGUGGAACGACCCCCGGCUGGCCUACAGCGAGUACCCCGACGACUCGCUGGACCUGGACCCCUCUAUGCUGGACUCCAUCUGGAAGCCCGAUUUGUUUUUCGCCAACGAAAAGGGGGCCAACUUCCACGAGGUGACCACCGACAACAAGCUGCUGCGCAUCUCCAAAAACGGCAACGUGCUGUACAGCAUACGAAUAACCCUGAUCCUGGCCUGUCCCAUGGAUCUGAAGAACUUCCCGAUGGACGUCCAGACCUGCAUCAUGCAGCUGGAGAGCUUCGGCUACACCAUGAACGACCUCAUAUUCGAGUGGGAUGAGAAGGGAGCCGUGCAGGUGCACGACGGCCUGACGCUACCUCAGUUCAUCCUCAAGGAGGAGAAGGACCUGCGCUACUGCACCAAGCACUACAACACAGGUAAAUUCACCUGCAUCGAGGCCCGUUUCCACCUGGAGCGUCAGAUGGGCUACUACCUGAUCCAGAUGUACAUCCCCUCGCUGCUCAUCGUCAUCCUGUCCUGGGUUUCCUUCUGGAUCAACAUGGACGCCGCGCCCGCCCGGGUGGGCCUGGGCAUCACCACCGUGCUGACCAUGACCACGCAGAGCUCCGGCUCCAGAGCCUCGCUGCCCAAGGUGUCCUACGUCAAAGCCAUCGACAUCUGGAUGGCCGUGUGUCUGCUGUUCGUCUUCUCCGCCCUGCUGGAGUACGCCGCCGUCAACUUCAUCGCCCGCCAACACAAGGAGCUGCUGCGCUUCAGACGGAGGCGACGACACGAGAAGGAGGACGAGACAGGCGAGGGGCGCUUCAGCUUCCCCGGCUACGGCAUGGGCCCCGCCUGCCUGCAGGCCAAAGACGGCAUGGCCAUCAAGGGCAACAACAACAACGCCCCGGCCUCGGCCGCGCCCGAGAAGACCAUCGAGGAGAUGAAGAAGCUCUUCAUCGGCCGGGCCAAGCGCAUCGACACGGUGUCCCGCGUGGCCUUCCCCCUCGUCUUCCUCAUUUUUAACAUUUUCUACUGGAUCAUUUACAAGAUCAUCCGCAGCGAGGACGUCCACAAGCAGUAGUCGAGGGGGAGCGGAGGACGAGGAGGACGAGGAGGACGAGGACGAGGGGGGCUGGAACACUGCGACCAGGGGACACAGCGCAAACAAAACAAAACAAGAGAAAUGAUUGCCCCCCCCCUCGGCCUCCUUUCCUCGUCCUCUACAAGUCGAGGUUAAGUCCCUCCUCCCCCCUUCUCCCCUACUAGACAGUUUAUGAGAUAUUUAUUGCUUUCUUGCUCCCUUAAUUCUCUUCUCCCCCCUCUCGCCCUCCCCCCAAAUGAAAUCCCCAACUGAUUCUGGCUCUUUACACCUCCCGAAUAAUCCGGACCAGUGCAAUAGCAAUGCAGUAAAAUGCAUGAUAUAUGAAUGUGGCAAUAUAUUAAUGAAAAGAUGAAAAUCGCCAAAAGUAAAGGCAGACUUUGUCGAGGACGCCCGGCGGACUGUGAGCGGGAAGAAGAGGCGAUUUUAGGGUUUCCUUCUUCUUCUUUUAGUUUUUGCCGUGGAGACAGAUAUCUAAUUAUAUAGUGACGGGAUGGGGCAGCGUCGGGUGGGGGGGGGGGUGAGAAGCAUACAGCAGUGUAAUAUAGUCAUAUAUCUAUCAUUCAGGGGGGGGGGGGGUUGUUAGAAGGACGGCCAUCUUACAAUGAGGGAUUUUUCUCUCCCUCCCCAGAAAAAAGGAAAGGAAGGCGGAUCGGUGCUUCCAUUAAAUAAAGCGAUGCAAGGAUCAUGCAUUCUAUAUAUCGAGAUUUGCUUCAAACACGUAUCGCGAGCACUCCUCAACGCUUCACCGCCCCCCCAAGACCCCCCCUCCUCCUCCUUCCCGCCACCACAAGACCUCGAACUGCAGAGACACUCGAGGGACGAUCGUACUGGACUGGAUGAAGAAGAAGAAGAAGAAGAAGAA